UAGUAAGAUUUCCACGCAAGUCUUCGUACUUGAGGCCCCUGGAUUUCAGAUAUGACUGAAACCAAUAAAGUGCUAAAUUCUUUAUGACCACCCAAUGUUCCAGACGAGACCGAAGCAUGGUAUGAUCGACUGUAUCAAAAGCAGAGCUCAGAUCCAGUAAAAUGAAAACUGCAUUAUUAGUACUGUGAUGCAUAGUAAAACCUGACUAUAAAGGUUCAAGUUCAUGGGAAGAUUUAAAAAAAGGCCGUAGCUGUGAUGAGAAAGCUCUUUCUAGAACUUUCGACAGAAAUGGAAGUUUUGAGAUAGGACAGAAGUUAUAUAAGCAAUUAAUAUCGGCAUUGGGCAAUGGCUGGACAAUUGCAGGCUUUAAAAACACAGGCACAGUGCCCGAAACUAGGCAGGAUUUAAUAAGUGCUUUGAUACUAGAACCUAUUGUGCUGAAAGUCUCCUUUAUAAGGUUGGGGGAAAUAGGAUCACAAAGCGAAGUUGAAGAUUUCGUCUGAAUCACAAAACCCCUUAACUCAGAAGGAGACACCAGUUCAAAAUUACAGAAGGUAGCUGAAGAAACUGUAGAGUCCACAAAGGGAUUAGGGCAGAGAGGAACAAAAGAGGAUCUAAUAUCAGCAACCUUCUCAGUAUUUAUCGUGAGCUCUGCUUGGAAUCUGUCAGAAACAAAUAUGAAUGUGAGAUGCAAGCAGCCAGCCAGCAUUGGGAGAGUGAGAAGCUCCUGCUUUUUGACACGGUUCAGAGUGAGCUGGAGGAGAAGAUCAGGCGGCUGGAGGAGGACAGACACAGUAUAGAUAUCACUUCAGAGCUGUGGAAUGACGGUCUGCAGUCCAGGAAGAAUAAAAAGAAGGAUCCUCUCAGUCCUGGAAAGAAGAAGAAACCGGUGGUCGUGUCAGGACCAUACAUUGUUUACAUGUUGCAAGACCUGGAUAUACUUGAAGACUGGACUGCCAUAAGAAAGGCUAUGGCUUCGAUGGGUCCCCAUAGAGUAAAAGCAGAUGCUUCUCUGAAAGCAGAAAAACACCAUCAUGUUGCUCGAUCAGAAGAAGGACGUCUGUUCUAUGAUAAUAAAUGGUUCAGCCGUGGUCAGGCCAUAUGCAUCAACAGAAAGGACGAAUUUCCCACCAGUGCCACAAUAACCACCAUAAACCAUGAUGAGGUUUGGUACAAACGUCUGGAUGGCAGCAAAUCCAAGAUUUACAUCUCUCAGCUCCAGAAAGGAAAAUACAGCAUAAAACACUCUUAAAGCUUCAUCUCCAGUGCUGAAUGCAGACCUUCAGGAGUCUGUCUUCAACACUGAGCACUGGGGCGGGAGAGCCGCUUCUCUUUCAUGCACAUCACACACGUUUGCACUUCUUAAGUUUGAGCUGCUAAACAAACACCUGAUUGCCAAGGAAACAGGAAAAGUGUGAGCGUGUGUGCAUGAUUGUAUGUGUGUGUGUGUGUGUUUGUGUUUGUCUUGAUGACAAGGAAGAGCCAGUAAAGCCUUGUUUUCAGU